AUGGCUACGCCCUCGGCGGGAGGUCUUGAACUGGCAAUGGCUUGCGACAUCAUCAUCGCCGCUGACCACGCCGAAGUCGGCUUGCCCGAGCCGCGAGUCGGCCUCAUCGCAGGCGCAGGCGGCGUCCACAGGCUGCCCCGCCACGUCCCGUUUAAGAUUGCGAUGGGCAUGCUCCUGACCGCUCGCCGAAUACCUAUACAGGAAGCCUAUCGGCUUGGUCUAGUGAAUGAAGUUGUGCCCUCUGAAAGACCUCAUGGCGACCGCCGAACGCUGGGCAAACGACAUUCUCGAAGUAGCGCCCCUCUCAGCGCGCGCAAGUAA